AUGAAAUUGUCACGUAUGAAACUAAUAUGGAGAGGGGAAUUUUGGAAUUUGAUAAAAAAUCUCAGCUCUGGGACUCUAGGGCACUGGUCGAAUAGACCGUUGGUGACUGAAAAACGUCAGUUUGGUAGUGCUGUCAGCACUGCGGGACAAGAGUCAUGCAUCCUGGACUCGUGCAGCAUCGGCCCAAACUGCCAGGAGCCGCGUGUCAUCAUUGUGGGCGCUGGCAUGGCCGGGCUGUCGGCAGCUCAUCGGCUCACUCAGUGCGGAAUACGGAAUUUUCUCGUACUUGAAGCUAAAGAAAGACCCGGAGGCCGAAUUCAUUCAUGUUGGCUCGGAGAUGCUGUUAUCGAAAUGGGCGCGGAAUGGAUUUUUGGAGCAUGUUUACCAAAUUCUGUGUUUACUCUAGCAUCUCAAGACAAGCUUUUGCAACAACCCUUGCCUCGAUUAGAUGCAUCGAGAGGCUUAUUUUGUACAAGUGAAGGACGAGCAGUCGACUUGCCAGUAACAAUAACGGCUUAUCAUACGUUUAGGCAAAUAGAACAACAAGCCGCUAAUUUGUUUAGACUUGGUGGGGAAAGGCAACAUGGAACCCUACUUAAUUUUGUCGGUUUACGUAUACAACAGGAAUUACAUAACUUUCCAGAAGACCAAAGGUAUGAUGCAGCUAGAGUCAUGUUUGGAUUGACUAAUAUUUUGCGUAAUAAGUGCGGGGAUGAUCUAUCCCUAGUUAGUGCUGAUCAAUAUGGCAGCUAUAUUGAGCUACCGGGUGGCUCUGUACGUGUUCCACUGGGAUAUGUCGGAGUGAUGGCACCGUUACUUCGCAACCUCCCAGACAACUGCAUACGCUAUAACAAACCCGUGAACGUUAUCCGCUGGGGAUCAUGCUCAUCAGGAGAGGGGCGUGCACUAAUUAAGUGUUGCGAUGGCGAAGAAUUGUAUGCUGAUUAUGUCAUUCUUACUGUGUCACUUGGAUGUCUUAAAUGCCAAGCUGAUAAAUUAUUUGCUCCACCGCUUCCAGUUUGUAAGUUAGAUGCUAUAUGCAAUUUGGGUUUUGGUCUCAGCGAUAAAAUAUUCUUAGAAUAUUCUGAACCUUUCUGGGUAUGCCACGAAGGUAAUCUCAAACUUGCCUGGUCAGCAGAAGAACUUCAAAGUAGAACUGACUGGACACGAGGAGUAUGUGCAAUAGAUGAACUGCCAGGGAGUAAACAUGUACUAUGUGCUGUCAUAUCAGGUCAAGAAGCUGCUAUGAUGGAAUCAAUGGCUGAUAACGAUGUCGCUGAAGGAUUAACUCAGUUGCUGCGUAGGUUUACAGGCAAUCCGUGUCUACCUUAUCCACAAAUGAUGUUACGAUCUCGUUGGGCGUCAGAUCCCCAUUUCUGCGGAUCAUAUUCGUACAUGAGCUGUUGUUCUACGGUAAGUCACCAGUGUGAAUUAGGAACACCAGUGCCUGGUCCGUGUGACCCGAUGCCGCCAGUCCUUCUGUUUGCGGGUGAAGCUACUGUGCCUGGAUAUUUUGCUACGGCGCACGGGGCACGCUUGAGUGGUAUUCGGGAAGCCGAACGUAUUAUAUUGCUAACUAAAAAAUUCGAAGGCCCACCACGGCGCUAG